UGCGAUUGGUAGACGUGAGAACGUCGGGCGUUCUCGACAGGCUGGCUGAGCGCGGCCCCGGGUCAUGGGAGCGAGCGGGCCGAACGUCGCCGCCGCUGUCGCCCUCGUGUCAGCCCCGCCCCUGCCAUCGUGAGCGCGCUUCGCUGCUGUCCUCUUCUCCCCUGCUGCUUGCCUUGGCGGCGUUCCCUGACAGGAGGUGAGAUGGCCCCGCGCAAGAGCCCCAAAAGCGGCAGCCCCGGCCCUGGAGCCAGGAGAGAGACAAAACAUGGAGGAAACAAGAAUGGCAAGAAAGAAGGCCUUUCUGGAAGUUCAUUUUUUACAUGGUUUAUGGUAAUUGCAUUGCUGGGAGUGUGGACGUCGGUUGCAGUGGUUUGGUUUGAACUUGUAGAUUACGAGGAAGUUCUAGCCAAAGCAAAGGACUUCCGUUAUAACUUGUCAGAGGUACUUCAAGGAAAACUUGGGAUCUAUGAUGCUGAUGGAGAUGGAGAUUUUGAUGUCGAAGAUGCGAAGGUUUUGCUAGGCCUGACCAAAGAUGGCAAUAAUGAAAAUAUUGAUUCACUUGAGGAAGUCCUUAAUAUUUUAGCAGAGGAAAGCUCUGAUUGGUUUUAUGGCUUCCUCUCAUUUCUCUAUGAUGUAAUGACUCCUUUUGAAAUAAUAGAAGAAGAAGAGAGCGAUGCAGCAGAUGAUGUUGAUGGACUUAAAGAAAAAUAUGUCCCAGAACAGACGGCACCAAAAGAAGCUGAAGACGUGAUUCAAGCUGCAGAGCAACAACAUCUUAAAGCAGAACACAGGAGCAUUGAAGUAGAACCUGAAGAUGAAAUUGAGUCUUUGCUACGAGAAGUUCUCAAGUCACAACUUGAAACAGAUGAAGAUAAUGUUUAUGAAGAUACAGAUACUCAAGAAGAGAACAGUGAAAUGCCUGAAGAUACUGAGGAAGUCCCCAUAGUAGAAGAGGACUAUGAAGGAGAAUUGGAAGAUAAAAUGCCAGAAACAUUAGAAACACCAGGAUCCAUUCAGGAAGAACCUGCAAGUGAUGAUCAACCAGAAGAGCCUGAACCAGAUGAUAUUCAUGAUUCAUAUGAAUACCACACAAAUGUGGAAGAAAACACAUAUGAACCUGAAGGCCCAGAUGAUCUAACUUUAGAAGAUGCUCUGGAAGAUAAUACAGAUGCUGUUUCAGAAGAUGCUGAACAGAAAGAUUAUGUGGAUGAACAUGAGUUGGAGCAUGAGGACUUCAUUGAAGCUCCGGAUAGAGAUGAGGAACCUUUAACUGAACACAAUUAUGAAAAGUCCCAAGAGCCAGUUGACAGCACUGAACAAAGAAAUGAAAAUGAAGUAGAUACUUCAGAUUCUGUUACUGAACAUAAUGAAUCAGUAGAUGAGAGAGAACAUGCAGAAAGUCAUGCAACUGAUCAGCCUCGUGAGAAAGUUUCGGUGGGGAAUAUUGUGCUGCUUCAGUAAUGAGAAAGAAGGGAGGGUGAAGAAAGGCAGAGGGGAAGAGCACAUGGAGCAGAGAUAAAGGGAGAAAAAGAAGAGAAGGGAAGAGAGAAAGAAGGAAGGUCGAAGAACUGGCCCAAGCCUGUCAGCGGCCUGAGGGGAACGAGUGGUUAUGGAGGCGGCAGCAAGGAAGGGCCCGGUCAACCACUGCUGCUGUUUGGGGCUACUGAGGCCAUUGGUGCAGGUAGGCAAGCUAGAGACGGGCCUGGGCCUGUCAGCGGCCUGAGGGGAAUGAGUGAACAUGGUGGUGGUGGCAGCAGCAAGGAAGGGCCCAAUCAACCACGGCUGCUGCUUCUGGGGGAGGAGCAGGAGUGGGGCUUGGAUGAGGAGGUCUCUGGGGAUAGGGGGCUGCAGCUUUUGUCCAUAGGUGCCAGUAACGCU